GCUCCGAGAGGCAGGCGCCCCCGCCGGGCGGCGCGCGCUCCCUACUGCCAGCCGGGUGGCGCGCGCGGCACGGGGCUCGCUCCCGAGGGGCAGGUGGGGGCGGGGCGUGGGCACCCGGGUUGCGGUGGCCGGAGGGGUCUGGGCCGUGAGAUCGACUCCGGUGGCUGCAGCGGCCCGAGGCCAAAGGACCCGGCACAGCUCGGUCUCCGGAGAGGGAGGGCCCCGCUGCCGUCGCCGCCUGGCCAGUGCCCGGUGAAAUCAGCCCGGAGAAGUGACAGGAUUGGCCCCCCGGCCUCCACCCUGCAAGCCAGCCCUAAGGAUGGGUGCUGGAGGAUGGUGAUGGUGGUUCUCACCCUUGUGUAAAGGUGGAAGUUUCUGAGCCAGGGAUCGAACCUGCACUGCAUCAGCGACCUGAGCCAAGGCAGCAACCAUACCAGGUCCUUAACCAGAUGAGCCACAGGAGAACUCCCCAGAAGGUUCGUUUUUAUUACAUGCAAUGCAGACGGGUUAUUUCCUAUGUAACUUUACAAAUCGCUGACUGGAAUCCCAGGAUGAUAAAACCAAUGACCAGAGAGAUGUGAAAAUCCGAGGCUUAGACCAAAACAAAGGAAAUAAAACUCUUUCAUAUAGAUGGAAAUUGAACACAUGUGAAAGCUUUUCCUUAAUCGUCAAUCAAGGCACCAGUAAGAUCUUACAACUAGUUUGCAAGAGAAUCCAAAGAAGAUUCUAGAUGCCUGUCGGUCUGGAAUAUUGACAUUCCUGUCUAUGCUGAUUGAUGUGGCGAGAAAGAGAAACUGUGUGUACAGACUUGAAUUCUUUUUGCCUUGUCCUGUCAUCUGCACAGAGUUGUAAAAAUAGCUCAAAGACAAAAACACGCUUGAAUCAUAUAAUGGGAAAGGCUCCGUUCAAGACAAAGCACAGUUUUUCACUAAGACAAAUUUUCCCCGUGGUCUCAUAACUGCAAUGAAAUUUAUUGUGUCAUCAUGAAAUAAGGCUUGCCCCAUGAGAUUUGGCCUGAUUAUUUGAACAGGUGUGGCAAACAUGUCAAUUCACCUCAUAGCUCUUCCUGAGUUUGCUUUGCUGGAAGUCUCUGUGAGGGAUCUCAGAUGGGACUUUUAAAAGUCUGGGAUUUGUUACCCCGAGGUACUAAAGCCAUGCCCAACGAGCUCCCUCCCUCGGAUCUCACCUGUACCGCUUUAAAAUUUGCAAUAGGGUAUGAUUUUUAAAGGAGUUCCCUGGUGGCUCAGCAGGUUAAGGACCCAGCAUUCUCACAGCUGUGGCUCAGGUUACUGCUGUGGGGUAUGUUCGAUUACUAGCCCAAGAACCUCCACUGGCCAAAAAAAUAAGCAUUAAAAACAAAUACUUGGGAGUUGCCAUUGUCUCAGCGGGAUAAGAACCCAGCUAGUAUCCAUGAGGCUUCGCUCAGUGGGUUAGGGACGCGGUGUUGGCUCCGGCUGCAGUGUAGCUCACAGGUGUGGCCCUCAAAAGCAAAAAAACAACCUCUAGCUUGGGAACCUAGGCUACAGGUGCAGCUAUAAAGAGGGAAAAAAGGUGUUUCGUAUUUUCCCAUGGUAAAGAGUUCCUGCACGUUGUAAACAAUUUUAAGAAAACACAAGAAAUUUCAGGGGAAAAAAUAAAUCUUUUCUUACUACUUUUAACACUUUGGGAUGUCUCCUCCGAGUUGUUUAAGGUUUUUUUAAGUUACAAGUACAUUAAAACAGUUGAUAUAUAAUAAAUGUGACCGGAGUUGAGAUGAGACAGGUGAAGUGAACUGAGAUCUAGUAUGAGUGUCCAAGUUCUGUUUUGAUCUUUAAAAAAAAAAAGACCCUUAGCUUAGACGACGUGAUGUGCUGGAUUUGUUAACUGGAUUUUGUUUUCUACCAAAUAUAUGUUGUAAAUACAAACACUUGGGAAGAACUCCCAAAUUCUCCUUUUGAAAACCUCGGGUUCGGCAAGGACGCGGUUGUGUGCAUUUCAAGGAGCAACAUCGCCAUCCUGUGGCCCUGUCGAGUAUUGCUGCUGACCGAGCUGUAGGCUCGGGGUCCUGAUGGGGCCUGCAUCCCACAAAGCCUUGGUCCUUCCCAGAGGCUCCAUCCUGUCUGCAGGACGGAGCCCUGGAUGGCCAGCUUCCUGCCGCGGAGGGGGCACAGAAAUCCUUCUGCCGGGGCAUGAGCCUGGCCUGGGCGACAGGCCCUCCAUCCCGGAAUGCCCCUGCCCGAGCCCAGCGAGCAGGAGGGCGAGAGUGUAAAGGCCGGCCAGGAGCCCUGCCCCGAGUCCCCUGAGCCGGGCACAGAUGUGGUCCCCGAAGCGCCCACCAAGCCCAAGUUCUCCAAACUCAUCCUGCUGGUGGCCUCUGACAGCGGGGAUGGAGAGGACUGCGUCAUGUCGCUGGAGAUGUCUGACCCCGACGCCCUGGCCGGGACCCCCCAGAUCCUGCCGGCAGAGAAACAAGGCGAGGCAGUCCAGCCAAGCCCCCAGGCCCCCGAGCAGAACCACAGCAAGCCAGACCCAGCAGCCCCCAAGCCCCUGGAGUUCCUGAGGACCCCUUUCGGGGGCCGCCUGCUGGUGCUGGAGUCCUUUCUGUACAAGCAGGAGAAAGCCGUGGGGGACAAGGUGUACUGGAAAUGCCGCGAGCACUCGGAGCUGGGCUGCCGGGGCCGGGCCAUCACCCGCGGCCCGAGGGCCACCGUCAUGCGGGGCCACUGCCACCCGCCCGACGAGGAGGGCCUGGAGGCCCGGCGCCAGAGACAGAAGAAGCUGCCCAGCCCGGCCCUGCAGGAAGACCCCCAGGUGGAGGAGCCGAGGGAGGGGGUGGGCCCAGGGCUGGACGCCAAGGAGCCGGAGCCCACCCCGGGGCCGCCACUCAGCAAGCCGGCCCCCGAGGAGGAUAAGGGGCUCCGGGCCCUGUCCCUGCUGCGCCUGCCUCCCAAGAAACGCCCGACGCUGGGCGCCGGAGGGCCCCCGCCGCUGGAAUUCCUGCGGACCUGCUACGGUGGCAGCUUCCUGGUGCACCAGUCCUUCCUCUACAAGCGCGAGAAGGCCGUGGGGGACAAGGUGUACUGGACGUGCCGGGACCACGCGCUGCACGGCUGCCGCAGCCGGGCCAUCACCCAGGGCCAGCGGGUGACCGUGAUGCGCGGCCACUGCCACCCGCCCGACGUGGAGGGCCUGGAGGCCCGGCGGCAGCAGGAGAAGGCCAUAGAGUCGCUGCAGGCCAGGCCAGGCGGCCCCGGGGGCUCAGGGGACAAGCUGCUGCAGGGCGUGGACAGCCUGUUCUACCGCAGGGGGGCCGGCACCCUGACCCUCACUAGGCCCCGGCCCAGAAAACGCUUGAAGGUCAAAGACGAGGGCCUCCCGGACCAGCCCCAAGCCCUGCAAGGAUCCCCUGCCGAGGACCAGGACGAGGAUCCGGGAGGCCCCGAGUUCCUGAGGACGCCCCUGGGGGGCAGCUUCCUGGUGUACGAGUCCUUCCUCUACCGGCGGGAGAAGGCGGCUGGGGACAAGGUGUACUGGACGUGCCGGGACCAGGCACGCAUGGGCUGCCGCAGCCGGGCCAUCACCCAGGGCCGCCGGGUGACUGUGAUGCGUGGCCACUGCCACCCGCCCGACCUGGGGGGCCUGGAGGCCCUGAGGCAGCGGGAGAAAUGCCCCGGCUCGGCCCAUCGGGAGAGCUCAGGAGGCACCGAGUUCCUGAAGACGCCCCUGGGGGGCAGCUUCCUGGUGUACGAGUCCUUCCUCUACCGGCGGGAGAAGGCGGCCGGGGACAAGGUGUACUGGACGUGUCGGGACCAGGCGCGCAUGGGCUGCCGCAGCCGGGCCAUCACCCAGGGCCAGCGGGUCAUGGUGAUGCGCAGACACUGCCACCCGCCCGACCUGGCGGGUCUGGAGGCUCUGAGGCAGCGGGAGCAGCUCCCCUGCCUGGCUCAGAGGGACGGCUCAGAACCCCUGCAGCCCCUGGAGUUCCUGCGCACUUCCCUCGGGGGCAGGUUCCUGGUGUACGAGUCCUUCCUUUAUAGGAAGGAGAAGGCGGCCGGGGACAAGAUCUACUGGAUGUGCCGGGACCAGGCGCGCAUGGGCUGCCGCAGCCGGGCCAUCACCCAGGGCCAGCAGGUGACCGUGAUGCGUGGCCACUGCCAUUCGCCCGACCUGGCGGGCCUGGAGGCCCUGAGGCAGCGGGAGAGGCUCCCCAGCCCACCCCAGCAGGAGGACCCAGAAAAGAUACAACUUCUGCCUGAAGCUCAGCUGUGCUUUGAGACUUGUUCUCCUGAAAACCAAGAGAGUUACGGGAAGGUGGAAGACACCCGACUGGACAGCCAGGCCCAGUGAGGCCAGUCCCCUCACCGACGCAGCAGAGGGGAAGCUCUUGUGUCGCCAGUGUCAAGAAUGCGCCAGGUCCACGCAGGACCCCGGCACGUCCCACCCGGUUAGAUUUUGCUUGACCACAGCUCUCACUCUUCCAAAGCAUCCAUGGCACUUCCGCAGAGGUCUCCCAGGAGGGACACUUUGAUGGUGUCUCUGCGCCGCUGGCAAAGAAGAGCCCCGGGAGCUGGUGGCCCCCAGCUGUGCGUGGUGCGGGGGCACCACAGCCAAGGCCACGACCUUGGGAAGGUCUGAGGAGGCUCAGAGGCACCUCCCCGCCUCUGUCACUCUAGCUACAAGCACCCAUCUGCUUUCAGCGCCUGCCUGCAGCUUGGCCAAGGAUUUUCCUGUUGGGUGUGGUCCUGCUUCCGCUCUUCGGAGCUGCUGGUCUUGGCAGAGGCCACCUGAAGACAGAGGCGGGCAGGUUUGGGGAAGUUCCUGCCUCUUCAGGCCCAGCUGCCCUUCGCGGUGCUGGGCAGGGGCCAAGCGAGCCUUCAGGUCCUCGGCCACCUGCCGCUGGGGCGUGGCCGUCCCACAGAGCCCAAACCAGAGUCCCGGCCACACCCUCUGUCGGGGUUUCCUUUGCUGCUUUCCAGAGUAAAUGAGACCCAGUGUCCACGAUGCCCACCGCCAGUGUGGUUCCUGGCUGAGCCUGGGUCGCCCACGAUUGCCUGAGGCAGGAGGAGAGGCAGAUGCAGGCGGCCAUGGAGGCUCAUCCCCUUCUGUCUGCUGGGACGGUGGGGAGCAGCGGGCUGGCGUCCUCGCACCCCAGAGGCUGCUGCUUACUAAUGAGGGUUCCGUGCCCCCACCCCAUAAUGGCAAAGGGGGCACAGGGCGCAGGCUCUGUCCCCUGCCGUGCUGGCCACACAGUCUGCCCUCUGGCAAUGGGACAGUGACAGCUCAGUGCCCCCUCCACAGUCGCUCUGCCUAUGCAUUUCCCGCAAUAAACCCUAUUUCCUAUCUCAGCGUGUAGAGCUGUGUGUCCACCACGAAGCAGGCGGCCACCACGAAGCCACACGCUCCACGCAUCUCAGAGACAUGUGGGUGGACGUGAUGGAGUUUGGUUGGGCAAGGGGAGAUCUCCACACCCGGGGCAGUGCCUGGUCACCGGGCCCAGGUGUCAGCUGGACUGAGGGCGGAUGGGAGUCCACCAGGGACAGUGCAGCUUCUGCUGGCCAUUCCCCAGCCCUCUCGUAGCUGAAAGAGAGGCCUUGCUUCUCUGCUGACUCAUCCCAAGUCCUCCCUGACUUGCUUCCGGAAGCUGCGGUGCGCGUAAUGUGGAGCCGGCACCGUCAGGCCAAGGGCGGCCUUGACCCCCAAGACCCUGGCCACCUUCCCAGGCAGGUAACGGGCCUAUCUCUUGACCCGACCACCAGCUCCACGGGGCCCUUGCCCAGCAGCCUGGCCAGCAGUCAGGAAGAUGGUCCAGCACUGUGACGUCCCACCUCUCUGGUAGCAGGUGGGCUUAUCGGCCAGGAGACCCUGUCCUGCUGGGGACAUUCGACCCAGGGGCUACUUUCUGGGCAGCCCUCAUGGCCAUGACGCAUGCUGCCUGAGACAGUGAACUGCCCCCGGCCAAGGGCAAAGACAUAGCCCUGUGGGAAUAGAUCCUCCUCCAUCCCAGACCCACAGGGGUGUAUGGCCACGAGAGGCGGCCACACCUGGGGGAAGGCACCCAGGCUCAAAAGGACUCAAAGUUGAGUCUGGGCCACCAACAGCUGGGUCUCUGCUUAGUCCCACAUGAACCAGACUCACAGAGGCCUGAGGUGCCAGGCGAGACGCUCAGAGUCCCAGGAGCCCCUGUCGCCCACCAGCAGGGACACUGGUUAUGCAGUCUCCGUGGGGUGCAGAGCAGGUGCCUCCCGGUCCAGAGUCCCACGCCAGUCACCUUGGCUGGGCACCAGCCACCCAGAAGUCGGGGUGCGGCAUGAGGAGGGUCAGAGGAGGAAUGCAGGCUUGUCCCCCCAGCCCCCGACACUCGGGUCCACCAGGGCCUAUACCCUCGUCCUCUCCUCUGCACCUGCUUUGACCUUAGAGGCCAAGAGGAUGGUCCAUGCUGCUUGGAGUAAGGACUCCCCUAUGGACAUGAAUUUUUUGAUGCUGCUACUGCUUCGGGGGGCCAGAUGCCUGCUCACCAUGAGCUGCAGACACUCCCCCUUACAGGCCACCUCCUUCAUGGUUCCAGAGCCAGAGAGAUGCCCUUGCCUCGUCCCUGUCGCAGAGCAAAGCACACAGGAGCAGGUUCCUGGUGGAUGGUGACAGCUUGGGGGGGGGUGCCAGCCUCCUUCCCCAUUUCCACUCCACUGCUAGUCACCCCCUAUAAACCCCAUUCAUCAUGCCUGCGCCACGUGGAGCUGGUUGUCUAUCUCUGUGUCCCUCUGAGUAACUGUGCCACAUCUCACUCGUGAAAUGUGAAAUAAAAAGUUCACAAGGAGCAGCAAA